CAAGUUUUAUACUUAUAUCAGUUUCAUGAGAAUGGUAAUAUAAAUACACAAAUAAAUCGUCUCAUUCAUUUUCUUGAUUAAGAUUAUCGGAUUGUAUUCAUUACUUAUCUUUAUCUCAUUAUUUAUUAGGUAUGCUAUAUAUAAUACGUGUAUUGAUAAUAAUAACAGUAGUAUAAUAAUAAAUUUGAAUCUUAUUCACACUAGAUAAUGCCUGAAAAUACAUCUGAAAUGUCAAAUACAAGCGAUGAAUUCCGUAAAGCGUAUGAACGCUUUGAAAAUCUUAUUGUACGUCUUUAUCAACAAAACCCGGAUUUGUGUAUUGCAAAAAUGGAUGAAUUUAGCAAGAGGCUUGACGACAAUCUGUUGUCGUCAGAAAAUGACCAACAAGAGAAUACAUCAUCACAAAAUUGA